AUUUUCCUGGUGUUUUUAUUUGGAUUGGACCGCAGAAUGGCACUCCUUUUUUCGUGGACGUUGUCAAUGUCUACUGUUGCAGGUGCUUUGCUCGCGUUGUAUUCCUUCUAUGUCGUUGGUGUUGCGAUUCAUCGGCUUUAUUUUAGUCGAUAUGCAAAAUUCCCAGGACCCAAGUUGGCUGGCCUGACAUAUGGCUACAUGUUCUAUUACGAUGCCAUUGGCGGGAAAGGCCAGUAUAUGCACAGGAUUAGGGAGAUGCAUGAGGAAUACAAAAGCCCAAUAAUCCGAAUCAGCCCGCAUGAGCUCCACGUAAAUGACCCGGACUUCUACGACGUUCUCUUCGCAGGCGCGCAUACCAAGCGCGACAAACCACCAACGUGGUCCCACGCCUUUGCGAAUAUAGACUCGGUCUUCGGCACCAUAUCCCACGAGAAGCACAGAGUUCGCCGUAGUGCGCUAAAUCCACUCUUCUCUCAAUCGUCUCUCCGCAAACUUGAGCCUUUGAUCCAGGACAAGAUCGAUCGGCUGGUUUCCGUAUUUCGGCGUUAUCAGCAAACAGGUGAAGUUUUGCCUAUGAGGGCCGCAUUUGCGGCCUUGACCAGCGAUAUCAUCGCAGAUUAUUGCUUCGGUGCUUCUGAGAAUUAUAUCGAGGCCGCUGGAUUUAAUGCUGUCGUGCUUGAAACGACGGAUAGCCUGACGGAGAAUAUGCACAUCACUGUGCAAUUUCAAUGGCUUCCUCGGCUUAUGGAUAGCCUACCCGACAAAAUUGUUGAGGGGAUGCUCGGAGAGGGGAUGGCAAAAUUUAAUGAGUUAAAGCGCCAUUGCGUUAAAAAGAUCAAAGAGACAAUGGCCUCUGUCGGUGAUUUUCGAGAUGUCAAGCAUCGAACUAUUUUCCAUGAAUUGCUAGGGAACUCAACUCUACCACCCGAGGAUAAAUCGGUUGAUAGGCUUUGGCAAGAAGCCCAAGUUCUCUUAUCGGCUGGAACAGUUACGACUGCCACCUCUAUAUCGUCCGCGCUUGUGUUCUUAUUGCUUGACCAAGAUAGAUUAAAGGUGCUUCUAGAAGAGCUGGAAGUCGCAAUGCCGGAUAUCUCGAAGCCGGCAAGAGAAGCAGAUCUUCAGCGAUUGCCUUACCUGAAUGCCGUUGUUCAAGAGACCCUUCGGCUCGUUUCGGGAGUUUCAUACCGUAUCGCCCGAUCUGCUCCAGAUGAGAUGCUUCAAGUUGGAAAAUGGAAUAUUCCACCCAAUACAGCAAUCGGCAUGCACGCACCCCUAAUCCACCACUCGCCGGUCGUCUACCCCGAACCCCAUGCCUUCAUUCCCGAGCGCUGGCUUUCGUCAACCUCCACCAAACUCACACAUCUCCCGUCUCGCCCACCAGGCAUCCCGCAAGCAAAUCCCAAAUAUCUCAUGCCGUUUUCGAAAGGCACAAGACACUGUCUCGGUCAACCACUAGCGUAUGCGGAGGUGUAUAUGACAUUAGCCGCUGUGUUGAGGACAUUUAUGAGGUUGGAGAGGGCCGAAGACGGGACGGUGACCGCUGUGAAAGGGAUGAAGCUCUGGGAGACGGAUAAGAGGGAUACGGAAUUAGUCCAUGAUAUGGGCUUUCCGAGCCCGGCAGUGGGUAGGGGGAAUACGAGAGUUGUUUUUGAUUAGAGAAUUAUUGGUGUUUGAGGGGACUUGGAAUUUGCGGUCUGGAAAGAUUGAAAAGAGCUAAAAUUGUGUCUUUUCGAUAGGGGUCAGCUGGUUAUUUUCGUACAUGUUAAGUUCAUGGUGGACUUUUGGGAUGGAAUUUUGUCAACGUCGUGAUCCGAACGCGACUAAAUGGCAGCCAAAUCCUCGCGCCGUAUUGAAUCACCCACUUUUCCAAGCUCUAUUCUUUCGCUUAAUCUUAUAAUUAUCUGUUAAGAGACAAGUUUUCC